GAGCAGUUGUCCGCGUGCGCAGGCGGAAGUCCCGGAUUGAGGCGCCGCCAUUUUUGCUGCUCGGACGCGUAGCGAGAGGCUGAGAGAGUCGGAGACGCUAUCCGCUUCCAUCCGUCGCGCAGACCCUGCCGGAGCCGCUGCCGCUAUGGAUGAUCGGGAGGAUCUGGUGUACCAGGCGAAGCUGGCCGAGCAGGCUGAGCGAUACGACGAAAUGGUGGAAUCAAUGAAGAAAGUAGCAGGGAUGGAUGUGGAGUUGACAGUUGAAGAAAGAAACCUCCUAUCUGUUGCAUAUAAAAAUGUGAUUGGAGCUAGAAGAGCUUCCUGGAGAAUAAUCAGCAGCAUUGAACAGAAAGAAGAAAACAAGGGAGGAGAAGACAAACUAAAAAUGAUUCGGGAAUAUCGGCAAAUGGUUGAGACUGAACUAAAGUUAAUCUGUUGUGACAUUCUGGAUGUACUGGACAAACACCUCAUUCCAGCAGCUAACACUGGCGAGUCCAAGGUUUUCUAUUAUAAAAUGAAAGGGGACUACCACAGGUAUCUGGCUGAAUUUGCCACAGGAAAUGACAGGAAGGAGGCUGCAGAGAACAGCCUAGUGGCUUACAAAGCUGCUAGUGAUAUUGCAAUGACAGAACUUCCACCAACACACCCUAUUCGCUUAGGUCUUGCUCUCAAUUUCUCCGUAUUCUACUAUGAAAUUCUUAAUUCCCCUGACCGUGCCUGCAGAUUGGCAAAAGCAGCUUUUGAUGAUGCAAUUGCAGAACUGGAUACGCUGAGUGAAGAAAGCUAUAAGGACUCUACACUUAUCAUGCAGUUGUUACGUGAUAAUCUGACACUAUGGACUUCAGACAUGCAGGGUGAUGAUUCCUAAAGGAAAAUCCAACUCUUCCUUUCCUAAAAACUACUUUGUGAAGAGCAGAAUAAAGAAGCGCUGCAGGAUGUGGAAGAUGAAAAUCAGUGAGACAUAAAAGCCAACAAGAGAAACCAUCUCUGACCACCCCCACUCCUUCCCAUCCCACUCCCUCUUGGAAAUUCCCCCAUUGUCACUGAGAACCACCAAAUCUGACUUUUACAUUUGGUCUCAGAAUUUAGGUUCCUGCCCUGUUGGUUUUUUUUAAAAAACAGUUUUCAAAAGUUCUUAAAGGCAAGAGUGAAUUUCUGUGGAUUUUACUGGUCCCAGCUUUUAGGUUCUUUAAGACACUAACAGGACUGCAUAGAGGCUUUUUCAGCAUUACUGUAUUGUCUCCUGCCAGAUGUGGCAAGGUCACCAUUAGAAAUGGAAAUUACAUUUGAAAGCCAUUAGACUUCUAGGUGAAGCAAGCAUCUAAGAGAGAGGUUAAUCACACUAUAGUGGCAUAGGUGGUAUCAUUUUUCCUUUUUCUAAUUGUUUAAAUUGAAUUUUAUACCAAUGUUUAAGAUUAAUUGGGUGUUAGCUUGAGGUGGUUAAAGGUUGUUUGGGGAGUUUGUUGUAAUGGUUUUGCUGUAAAAAGUAUUCGAACUCUGCUGAAAAGCAUGGUGCUGGUAACAGUUCAACAAUCCGUGGCUGCUCAUUCUUGCCUACUUUUACUCUCCCUCUGAAGCAGGUUAGCGUUGAAGGUGGUAUGGAAAAGCCUGCAUGCGUGUUCAAUUCUUUGUUUCUUCUCCUUCCCUCUCCCUGGCCCCCCCCUCCUUCGCUCGCUCAACCUCUUUUGUUCAGUAUGUGUAACUUGAAGCUAAUUUGUACUACUGGAUAUCUGACUGGAGCCACAGAUACAGAAUCUGUAUUGUUCUUACUGAAACACAGCAUGGAAUUAACAUUAAACUUAAAUAAAACAAACCUAAAUUAAAAAUGCCAAA